AUGGAUGCGUUAUCGGUUAGCAGUGACUUACCGAAUGAGAUUAAACCACUUUUUAGUUGCCACAACUUGUGCAUGGCUCCCAGCGACAAUGAAGAAUGUGACUACUAUCCUUUCGUUCCACUGGGAAUGACAGAUCGGUUCAACGGAAUUACAGAUAGUCAAGUUACUGCCUCUUCCUCAUUUUCAACUGAAACCAUGCCUUAUUACGGCCGUCUACAUAGUUCCGAUGCCUUUCUUUUUGACAAUUCAUUAGAAGACGCAGGUGCAUGGGUUGCACUAGACCAGGAUGACAAACAGUGGAUACAGAUCGAUCUCAAAGAGCGACGGGUGGUCACUGGUGUUGCUACACAAGGGAGACAAGGUGCCAGACAAUGGGUGCAAGACUAUUUUAUUUUCUAUACUGAUUCAGACGUUCCCGUUCAUUGGUCUAUCAUCAGGGAUAAUCUGGGACAACCUUUGCUUUUCAACGGGAACAUCAACGAUAAUGAAGUGUACAUGAACAAUUUUUCCUACCCAAUCGUUGCUCGUUACAUCAGACUCAAUCCUCAGCGAUGGUACACAUUAAUAGCACUGAGAAUGGAGUUAUUUGGGUGUCAGUACCGUCCUUUUACUGCCCAUUUCGAUGGAACAAGUUGGAUCGACUUACGCUUGGACCUUCCCGGUCGCUCCACUCAAACGGACACGGAUGAAGUACGGUUCAGAUUUCGCACCAAGGAAGUAAACGGCCUACUCCUGUAUGGCGAUUCGAGUGAACGUGAUUAUUUCUGCGUGGAGCUUUUCAGAGGACGUCUUCGGGUGAACAUCAACCUCGGUACGGUUCCAUCGAGCACAGAAUUGACCGACAACAGCGUGGACGCCGGUAGCCUUUUGGAUGACAAUCAAUGGCACGAUGUGCAUAUUCUUCGGGUGCAGAAAAAUCUCAAUAUAACUGUGGACCGUAUCCAAGUCUGGCGAAAUUUGUCCGCAAUUUUUCUGCAUAUGAACAUGAACAGAAACCUCUCUGUCGGUGGACUUCCUUACUUCGCUAAUCGUCGUGGUGUCACUGUGAGGCAAAAUUUCAUAGGCUGCAUGGAGGAAUUGGUAUUCAACGGUGUUCACAUGAUUCGAGACACACAGAGGUCGGUUUUGGGGAUUCAAUCGACGUCUGAGUUCAACGCCAUGACUUUACAUUGGGAUGAAGCUUUGGGCUAUCCGAAACGUAACCCAUUCCUUUGGUGGGGUCCACCGAUCACACAAUCCGAGUUAAACAUUUCCGGUUUCGCCAUAGGCGGCUCUGGAACACUUGGCACUUCUUGUCCUCCGGUUGCCAACGACGCCUCGGUACUUAUGUUCCCCAAAACACAACAGUACGUCGUGUUCCUAAAGGUGGAACGAGAUGGCGGUACGAGCACGUUGCAGUUUUCUUUUCAAUUUCGAACACUAAAUCGCGGGGGGAUCAUGUUCUACCAUACUGUGGACAAAGAUCUCAAUUUUAUUUCGUUUGGAAUGGAAGAAGCCCAAGGACACUUGGAAUUGGAAAUUAUUUUACCCGGAGUGAAUGUGAUCAAGUACACAGUGCAAAAUAAAGACCCAGCGGCCAAGGAUGGAACGUUUGCCGAUGGACUAUGGCAUGAUGUGGAUUUCACCAUGCGGCAAGAUAAUGUGCUUUUGAUUGUGGAUACAAUUAGCUACCCCACACGACAAAAGACAACCCGUCCGCUCAGUUUUGAUCGCGUCUCGUACAUCGGCGGUGGCCGUCCACAAAGAUUUGGUUUCCAAGGUUGUAUGCGACAGCUGCGAGUAAAUGCAAUAGAUGUGAUUUGGGACGAGUUGGAUCCCUCCAUGAGACAUCGCAGCAUUGUGAAUGGAAGCUGCUUGAUCCAGGAUCGGUGCAGUCCCAAUCCUUGCAAGCACGAAGCCCCUUGCUACCAGACUGGAGACGCAUUCUACUGUGACUGCACAAACACGGGCUACUCUGGUGCAGUGUGUCACCAAAGUGAAUACUUCACAUCGUGCUCAGAAGCUGGACUGUUCUACGCUCUGCGCAACCCGUUUAUCAACAUCACCAUCGACAUGGACGGUUCCGGUGUGUUGCAGCCGAUCGACGUGAUGUGUGAAUUCAACGACCCGUCUGGAACGAUUACUACUCUAGCUCAUGACGUGGAGGGAUUCGUCUUGGUCGACGGUUAUCAAGAGCCCGGGUCGUAUCACCGUCGACUUAAUUAUGGACGUGCGGAUAGAGAGACUCUGGGAGAGGUGGUACGCCGGGCAGUUCGAUGUGAGCAGUCGAUCACCUACCAGUGUUGGAACUCUUAUCUUCUUCGACUUCCAUCAGGAGGUAGGUCUUAUGGUGAAGUCCGCUUCCGAUGGUGUUCACUUGAUGUUUUUACUUCAUUGUUCUUGUAA